AUGGCGGUGGAAGAGCUUUCCCACGUAGCUGCGGCGAGGAGAAUCCAGAGACUGACGUCACACAUCUCCCCCACUUUAACGUCCCCGCAGCAGCUGCAGACGGAGACGUGUUCAUCUCGGUCAAAGAAGCUGGUGGUCAACGGUGAGGCGUUGUCUCUCUACAUGAAGGGGAAACACAGGGAUAUUCAGGAGAAGGUUCACGAGUUCUUCAAUUCUCGUCCUGAUUUGCAGACACCGCUCGAGAUCUCUAAGGAUGAUCAUAGGGAGUUGUGUAUGAGGCAGCUUUAUGCGCUUGUGAGAGAAGCUGGUAUAAGGCCGUUUAGGUAUGUGGCUGAUGAUCCUGCUAAGUAUUUUGCGAUCAUGGAAGCUGUUGGAAGUGUGGAUAUGUCGUUUGGGAUCAAGAUGGGUGUUCAAUACAGUCUUUGGGGAGGCUCUGUGAUCAAUUUGGGAACGAAGAAGCAUAGAGACAAGUAUUUUGAUGGCAUUGACAAUCUAGACUACCUUGGUUGCUUUGCUAUGACUGAACUCCACCAUGGGUCAAAUGUUCAAGGUCUCCAGACCACGGCCACAUUCGAUCUCAUCACAGACGAGUUCAUAAUCAACACACCAAACGAUGGAGCCAUAAAAUGGUGGAUAGGAAACGCAGCAGUCCACGGAAAAUUCGCCACAGUUUUCGCCAGACUCAUCCUUCCAACACAUGACACCAAAGGAGUCUCUGACAUGGGUGUUCACGCCUUCAUAGUUCCCAUAAGAGACAUGAAAACACACCAGACCCUCCCUGGUGUCGAGAUUCAAGAUUGCGGACAAAAAGUAGGUCUGAACGGAGUAGACAACGGUGCAUUGCGGUUCCGUUCCGUAAGAAUCCCACGUGAUAAUCUCCUCAACCGCUUUGGAGAUGUGUCACGUGAUGGCAAGUACACAAGCACCUUACCAACGAUAAACAAAAGAUUUGGUGCAACUCUUGGUGAGCUUGUAGGUGGACGAGUAGCUCUUGCUUAUUCAUCCGUUGGUGUACUCAAAGUCUCGGCUACUAUUGCUAUACGUUACUCGUUGUUAAGACAACAGUUUGGUCCUUUAAACCAACCUGAGGUUAGUAUACUUGAUUACCAGUCUCAACAACACAAGCUCAUGCCCAUGUUGGCUUCCACGUACGCAUACCAUUACGCAAGCGUGUACCUCGUGGAGAAAUAUUCGGAGAUGAAGAAGACUAACGAUGAGCAGUUAGUUGCUGAUGUCCAUGCACUCUCUGCUGGUCUCAAAUCUUAUAUAACGUCUUACACCGCUAAGGCGCUUUCGGUUUGUAGAGAAGCUUGUGGAGGUCAUGGUUAUGCUGCUGUUAAUAGGUUUGGAGGCUUGAGGAAUGAUCAUGACAUAUUCCAAACUUUUGAAGGAGACAACACAGUGCUUUUACAACAGGUAAGAAACUUACCACCUUGUCUUGAUAAUGAAUAA